AUGAACGCGAAUCUCAGCAUGUUGGCUAGCAUGACUUUUCGAGCCCUGCAGGCCAAGAAGCAGACAACAUGGCUGGCCAAAAAUCGGUCCCUUUCAUAUGCCUCGCCGACGGCAAGUUCGAUCAACAAGGUCAGAUCGAAAUAUGAGAAAGCGGGGGGUCUCACUGGGCAACCUGGACACCGCAUCUCUCCCGCGGCGCUGCAGAAUCAGCACCUCGAUGUUGGCUCUCGCAGCAGCUCCAUCUAUGCAAGCGGCCAAACGGCCGACAAGGUCUCCGGCGCGACCUCAGCCGUAAAAUGGGAGGUCUAUCGUCCGUUCUCAGCGUCCACGGCCGCAUCUAGACGGCGAGCGGAACGCUCAAGACCCUUCCGGUUCGUCGAUCUUCCUGCAGAAAUCCGGAAUCUGGUCUAUGAGCAAUUGGGCCUCGAGAGAAGCGGCAACUACGCUGAUCUCCACGACCAAAAGCUCGGCAGUCUACUGGACACUUUACCGCCUCUUCUUUGUGUCAACAAGCAGCUACAGGAGGAGGCCGGCAGCUACUUCUUCAGCACCCACAAGCGUUUCGUCAUCACACUCCCUCGAAAAGAUAAGAGCCUUCUACCACGAUGGCUUCGACUUAUCGGCCCUUCCAAUCGCAGACACCUAGCCGCAAACCCCAACGUGAUCAUCUGCCUCGCGUUCUCGCAGUCGCCGAGUUUCUCCGAGAAUAUGACAGGUCUCCCGCUUCCCAGGUCUACCGAUUAUAGGCCUACCGGACACAGACCUACAGGGCACAGUCACCUACCUCCCACUCCGCGAAGCUGCUUACGGUUAUGA